AUGCCGCUUGCACGCAAGGGCGUUCUCAUCUCGCCGCCGACUCGCCCGCUCUCGCCACCUCCGCUCUUCGUGCCGCAGAAGCGCAAGACGGCCGCGGCCUCGUUCUCGCGCAAGAAGCCUGCGGCGCCGCGCGACCCGUCUCUCCCGCACUGGGAGCGCCCGUCGACGGCCGCGGGCCCUUCGUCGCGACACCUCGCGGAUAUGGCUGCGCUUGCGAGCGUGCCUUGGCUCGCCAAGUCGCCGGAGCCCGAGGCGAGCGCUGCCUCUUCCAGCGUCGCGCCCGCGCGGCCAUUCAAGCACGCCAACGUCGCGCCCGCGCGGCCAUUCAAGCACGCCAAGUCGCCUGCACCCCAGGCGGCCUCCUCCAGCGUCGCGCCCGCGCGGCCAGUCAAGCUCGCCGAGCCGCCUGCACCCCAGGCGAGCGCAGCCUCUUCGCACGUCGCGCUCGCGCGGCCAGUCAAGCUCGCCGACUUGCCUGCUCCCCAGGCGAGCGCGGCCUCCUCCAGCGUCGCGCCCGCGCAGCCAGUCAAGGCAGUCUCGCCGCGGAAGCGCGCAACAGCCUUGGCCUCGACGUCGCAUCUGACGCCGGCGCGGACACCCGAGGAGGAGCAGAAAGUCCAGGCCAGCAGAGAGGCGUGGAGAGUCUUUGUGGAGUGGCGCCAGGCCCAGGCGGAGGCGUUGAGAGUUGCGGAGGGGAAAGAGGAGGAGAGGAACGAGAAGAGGCGCAAAGAUCAAGCGGAGCAGCCGAAGCUGAUGAGCAGAUACGAGGAGCAGGAGAUCGCCCGCGAGCGUCGCAAGAAGUUGAGGGCGGAGCGUGAUGAGGCAGAUGCGUUUCGGUACGAGGAGCUGGAGAGGAUGGAGCGGGAGCGAGAGCAGAGGUUGAAGAACCUAGCGGACGCGGAGACGAGACAGAUCAACGAGGCUGAGCGCAGAGACGCGGCUGCGCUUGCCGCAGAGCACUGCCUGGCGCUCGACGCCGUCAAGAAGGCCACCGACGAGCACAAGGCUGCUGGAGACGCGCAGCAAGACGACGGAAGAGUCGACUUCGACGAGCCUCCCGCACGCACCGCACAAUAUCUCGCGCUCGCCGCACGUCGACUCGCGAUCAUCACCGCCCAGACUGAGUGGAAGAAGCACAGCCGGAUGAUGAGGCGGAUGACGGACGAGUACUACUGGCACGCAUACAAAGACAAGCCUCAGAAGCUGCGCGCUCGCGUCGUGCGCAUGUGCGGCCACCUUCGCAUCCUCGCGCAACCCUUUGUCUACUCUGCGCAAAGCGACACUCUCAUCGCACCCCUCAUCUUGCUCGACGACAGGCUGGCCGAGACGAGGCUCACCCAGGCCUACAACUGCGUCAUCAAGAUGUGCGUGAUGCAGCAAGAUCGUCCGUGGCCGUGCUUCAGCGACGAGCUUGUGCGCCUCUUCGGUCUGCGAUCGCUCUUCCCAGUCGAGGAUGGCUCGCUGCCGCCGGACCUCGACGGCGACGCGCAAGACAAAGUCGCUCUUGCGGUCGAAAAGCUGGAGAGCGUUCUGCCGUACCCGGUGGACGCAUCUGCCUUCUCCGACAACGAUGCGAUGCGCAGCGCGAUGCGCCUACUGAAGCCGCUUCAGAGGCAGGCACGCAUGCUGCACGCUAUGCUCGAAGAGCAGAGCCAGAGCCCUGCUGGCAGCGAAGCCGCCCGCGUCAUCCUUGCAGGGCCGCUGCGCGACGCUGCCCUCAAGGUGGAGAAGGAGAUCGGCCAGCUGCAGCAGCCGUCCCUGCCCGCCCUCUGCCUGCUUGCCGCCCGCUGGUCGAAGCCGCUUGCGUGCGCUCUCCCGAUUCCCCUUGCCGAGCGCAGCGAGCACUCGGGCGUCUUUUCGCUCGCUGCGGCUGCCAACGCACCAGCUUCCGCCGACCGUUCCGACCUCGACAACGCCGCUCUCCCCGGCCAUCUCUUGCAUCUCUUCGCGGCCGCCGCCAACCGCGUGGACGAGAAGCUCGCGAUGGCGGUGUGCCAGCUGAUCAAGAGCUGCGACACACACUUCCCGCUCGUUACGCACAUUCUGCACCCAGAUGGGCAAUCGUUUGGAGGAGGCUUUGCCCUCUGGGCUCUGUCGCGCAACAUCUCGCGAUUCCUCGCCUUGUCACCUCGUGCGCUCCGCGGCCCGCUGCUCGACCUGCUGUUCUCCGUGAUCUGUGUCUCAAUCACGGCCCGCGCGGGUCUUUCUGGGCUUCUGAUCGACGCAGGCCUCACUGUCCUCCGUCCGCUCCUCGACGCAGCGGGGCACGUUUUCCUCACUGGGCAGCUCCGCAGCGACCUGAAAGGCGUCGAGGCCAUACUCGUCACCCACCACGUCGUUCGCGACGGCCACGUCGUCAAGCACCGUAACGUCGGGCGCUUCGGCCACUUCUACCGCGACGGCAACAGCUACCACAACCGUCCCCUCGCAGACGAGCCGACCGACUUCUACAGCUACGUGCUUUCUGUGCAGACCAAUCGCUGCGCGUGCUGCAGCCAGGCGCUCCCUCAUUCCAACGAGCAGAUCGGCACAUCGCGCGCGUCACACGACUUUGUGUCUGUGCGCACUGAUCACAUUCGUGGCUGCGUGCUCUCUCCCACGACGACAUUGGCGACUCGCUGCGCGCAAGCCCCGUUUGGCGCUCCAUGCGAUCCUGGCAAGGGCUGCCUUGGCGCGAUUUGCGUGGGCCGCAUCACGGACGACGAGGCUGAUGCUUCCUGGCGUUUCGCAUCGCAUCCGUGCUAUCAAUUUUUGAUGAUGGGCGUCUUCACUCCGGACAUCGCCGAGCUCAUCGCGUACAACACGCAUCUCAUCCACGCCGACGAGCGAAAGGCGUACGGCAAGCGGGUGUGCUAG